GAAAAGAAAAGGAAAUCAAAUAGAUAGAAGAAAAGAUAAAGGAAAAACCUUUAAUCUCAAUCUCAAGUGUGUCCCAAAACAAAACCCUGAAUCGAAUACAGCAGAUACAAUACAAGGAGUGAUUGCACACUGUACAGGACUACAGGGAAGCAGGGCACAUUUAUGGCUGGCCCUGGUGAUAGAAAGGAAUCCGAAUGGAUAGAUAGGAUAAUAUCUGAAGGAGCCGUUCCACUUCUUGAGCCAGAUAAUUGUUCAAAUGGUUGGGCUUCCCCUCCUGGAGAUGCAUUUAUGGUUAGAGGUCCUGAGUAUUUUACCACAAGGGUUAAGAUUCCUGCUGGUGAUUAUCUGCUCAAGCCUCUUGGUUUUGAUUGGAUUAAAAGUUCAGUGAAAAUCGGGGAUAUAUUAAACGAUCCAAAUAGUCGAGUUAGGAAGGUCAUUGAUAAUGAGUUUCAAGCAGGUGAUAAACCCUUUGUAUGGGCAUUCAAUCUUCAAGUCCCAACCAAGGAUAACUAUAGUGCGAUCGCAUAUUUUACAAACAAAGAGCCUGUUGCUGAGGGGUCCCUGAUCGAGAAGUUCUUGAAAGGUGACAAUGCGUUCAGAAACUCAAGGCUCAAGUUGAUUGCCAACAUUGUCAAAGGUCCUUGGAUUGUUAGAAAGGCUGUUGGAGAGCAGGCUAUAUGCGUAAUUGGGCGCGCCCUUUCCUGUAAAUAUUUCACGGCAGAGAAUUUCAUAGAAGUAGAUAUUGAUAUAGGGUCUUCCAUGGUUGCAAGCGCAAUUGUCCAUUUGGCAUUUGGUUAUAUCUCAUCUUUGACUGUUGAUCUGGCUUUUCUUAUUGAGAGCCAAGCUGAAUCAGAGCUUCCAGAAAAAAUUCUAGGUGCUUUCAGAUUUUCUGACCUCGAUCCUGCUUCAGCUAGAACAAUUGAACCAUCAUCUGUUAUGAGUUCUGAUAGUUUACAAACAUCUUUACCUACUAGAUGGUGGAAGUCAAUUGGGCAGGGCUUUUCCCACAUUCUUCAUUCAGGUCCUCAAGAAGAUGGCUCUACUUCUGGCUCACAACAUGCAAAAAUUGUAGUAGAUCACAAAGACAGUGCGACUGAUGUCAAGCAAUGAUAUACUGGAGGAAUUGAAGGGAUAUGAAGUUCCAUUUGGAUGUGGUGAUUCUUUUAGCCAUUUUUUGAUGAUUGGGUUCGGAGCAUCUGUCUUGUGACUUAAUUCUUGCCUAUGGUAGUAUUUUGUAUGACUACAAAAAGUUAGGAACUUAGAGUGGCCUCAUUUUUUUGUAUUUUUGGCUGGAUUAUUGUGUAUAUCUUUUUAAGUAAAUUCUACGUAUUUAUUGUUGGAAUCCUGACUUUUGCUCUUGUCUGGUGAAUUUUU